AUGACCUCCCUCCCACCUUCCCAGUGUUGCAUUGGUGGCUCACUGCACGAAGGCGAGACCCAAGGCGAGCUCACGAAGUUUGGUGACAUUCCGGUGUACGUCUCCUACCCCCCGGACAAGUCCACCCACAAUGCGAUCCUAUUCUUGUCCGACAUCUUCGGCCUGGCACUGGUCAACUCCAAGCUGAUUGCCGACCUGUUCGCGGCCAACGGGUAUUUGGUGGUGAUGCCCGACCUGUUUCAGGGGGAUCCGGUUCCCGUGGAUCACUCGCCAAGUUUCCAAAUCAUGGACUGGCUGCAGGGUCAUCUCCCCCCGCAGACCGAUCCCAUCGUCACGGCCACUCUCCGGGAAAUGCGGGAGCGACUGGGAUGUCAGCGCAUCGGCGGCGUGGGCUACUGUUACGGAGGCAAGUAUGUCGUACGGUAUCUGCACCCGGGCCAGCUCGAUGUCGGCUUCGUCGCCCAUCCCACCUUUAUCGAGCCCGAUGAGUUGAAGGCCAUUGAGGGACCGUUGAGCAUUUCCGCUAGUGCCCAGGACAAUCUCUUUCCGCCUGAGAAGCGGCACGAGAGCGAAACGAUCCUGGCCCAGCUGGAUGUCCCCUACCAGAUCAAUAUCUUCUCCGAUGUGGAGCAUGGCUUUGCGGUUCGCUGUGACCUGAACAAGACCCGUCACCGAUUCGCCAAAGAACAGUCUUUCAGUCAGGGGGUCACCUGGUUCAAUCAAUAUCUCAAGAAAUAGCGCAUGUAACCCCGAGAGUCAGAACCUGCCUCCGGGUGUCUUGAUUCUCCACAGGCCAAUGAGAUCAUUC